AUGUUGUCUAAGACUAGAUUCUUUUUCACAAAGAAUUCACUUGUGUUGAAUACUUUAAAACAAAACAAAGGUUGUAAAUUAUCAAUUGUCUCACGAACACCAACUUCUAAAUUAUUUCCAUCAUCAUUCAAGAUUUCAAGGAUUUUUAACAAUUUAAGUAAGAGAAAGUAUUCGACUAUCAGUCAUAGAGUAGGUUCUUCUUUUCCUAAGUCUGAAUUUGUCAAGUCUACCCCACCUCCAGUGAUUCCGCAAAAAUCUAUUGGAUACUGGUUAUUGGGAACAUCCACUUUGGUUUUCGGAAUUGUUGUUUUAGGUGGAUUAACAAGAUUAACUGAAUCUGGUUUAUCUAUUACAGAAUGGAAACCUGUCACUGGAGCAAUUCCUCCUUUGAAUCAACAAGAAUGGGAACAAGAGUUUAAUAAAUAUAAGGAUUCCCCUGAAUUCAAACAAUUGAAUUCCCACAUUACCUUAGACGAAUUCAAGUUUAUUUUCGGUAUGGAAUGGGGUCAUAGAUUGGUUGGAAGAUGUAUAGGGGCUUUUUUCAUUUUACCAGCUUUGUACUUUUGGGCUAGAGGUAGAUUCACUCCUCAGUUGACAAAACGUGUUCUCGGUCUUACUGGUUUGUUAGGUUUACAAGGAUUUAUCGGUUGGUGGAUGGUCAAAUCAGGAUUGGAUGAAGAACAAUUGGCAGAAAGAAAAUCUAAACCAACUGUAUCCCAAUACAGAUUAACUACUCAUUUGGGAGCUGCAUUUUUAAUGUAUUUGGGUGUUUUGUGGACUGCAUUUGAGAUUUUAAAUGAGAAUAAACUUGCCAACUUAGCUAAGAAAUCACCAGAAGCCGUGCAAACAUUUCUCAAACAAUUGAAUAAUCCUGCUUUGAGAAAAACCAAAAUAGCCGGUUUGGGUGUGUUGGCAUUGACUUUUAUAACUGCCAUGUCUGGUGGUAUGGUUGCUGGAUUGGAUGCAGGCUUGAUCUAUAAUACUUUCCCACAUAUGGGUGAUGAUUGGAUUCCAAACGGAAGCGAACUUAUGUCUCCAGUCUUUUCUAGAAAAUCAGAUCAAUCAGAUCUUUGGUGGAGAAACAUAUUGGAAAAUCCAACCACUGUUCAAUUGGUACAUCGUAUUUUUGCAACUGCUACAUUCUUUGCUGUCUUGGGAGCACACGUCUAUGUCAAUAGAAAUAAAGGUGUUGUACCUGUUGCUUCUAAAAGAAUAAUGCACGGUGUUAUGGGGGUCGCUACUUUGCAAGUAGCAUUAGGAAUAACUACAUUGAUCUAUUUGGUUCCAAUUCCAUUGGCUGCAUUACAUCAAGCAGGUGCUUUGGCUUUAUUAACAGCUUCAUUGGCAUUUUCUGCCAAAUUGAAGAAACCUAGACCACAAUUUGUUCAAUUCAUCAAUGCCAACAUGAAAAGCCAAUUAUUAAAGACUAGAGUUUGA